AUGUACUCGUCAAUGCAACAGGGCCGGCUCCUUUGGUCUCUCGCACGACCCUGUCGUUUCGUCGCGCACCGUCGAUUUCCUGCAGCUGUCACGUCUCCGUUGCGUCGCUUUCAUCUUUCGCAGACAUGGCGGUCCUCGACACCGUCUGAUCCUAAUAAUCCUCGAGACUCGGUUCCCGAGAAUGCCCACAGCGAAACGCCAACACUCAAUGGCACCUUCAAUCCAACUCACGCCGACGCCUCGAUUGAUCCAGUAGACCGGCCAAGCGCAAAGGAUCCGGGUCCCUACGGGUCUCCCAUUCGAAGGGCGCUCAGAAGUAGGAAGCGCUCCAAGGAACCAGUGGCCCAAACUGUCACAAUCCCUGACUGGUUCCGUGAGCGGAAUACGGUGCUCAGCCAGAGUUGGGCAGCAGAGACGCAACAACCGGUGAAUAUCCGCGCCGUUGUACAAGAUGAUAAAUCAUCUGCGGAUGGACUGUCUUCUGGAGGCAACGGGGAGGAACCGCCUGCAGCCACUGGGCAGCCUCCCCUCAAACACCGUUACGCCUUGACCGACGCGUUGUGGGAGGAACUGUGCGCCUCCGCAAGGGCCGGUUUACGGCUCCCACCGGCAAAAUACGCAACCGAGCCAUCUGCGCGCAAAUCACACCUUGUGCUUCAUUAUCCUGGCCCUGAUGGGAUUUUGUUCCUAGACGCGGUGAUAAAGCGCCUUGCCGGGGAGCUCAGUGCUGAUUUGGUGACGCUCAAUGCUCAAGAUAUCGCCCAACUCUGCGUUGAGCAGGAUUUAACAGACACGGGUAGAACGUCGCCUAUCCGACUCCUGGGCUAUGAAGUGUUUCGGCCAUCAGUUUCGAAUUCGUGGCGAGAGUCUGGCGAUGGGAUGAAUGAGGAAGAUGAAGGUGAAACCGACGCGAUGGUUCCAAGGAACUUACGCCCUGGCGGCAUGGGCAGCCCAAAAUUCAUAACGAUUGAGAGUGCCCGCGAACCGGGGGAUAUCCCUCUUCCCAAUCUAUUCGGUCUCAAGUCGCUGGUUGCGGCAAUUAGCCCGUCAGAUGGUUCAGUAGGCACCGCAUCAUCUCAACCGUCUUACGAUCGAGUCGAGGAGAGGCGGCUUCAGCUUCUGCAUAAACUCAUCUCUCCUGGCGAACCUUCAGGACAGGCGCUCACUCCAACCGCGACCGAUCAAGAUGAACCUAGUGACUUCGUCGAACCUAAACAAGAACAAAGGGGUGAUAUCAUCGUCCAGGUUCAGGACUACGCUGAGAUACAGAGUUCGCGUGAGGGCUCCAGAUUUCUGAAUUUACUACAGCAAGUAAUCCAGGACCGGCGAAAGGACGGGCACCGGGUUCUAUUCAUUGGAACCGCAGCUCAAGACGUCCCUCCAGACUCGGAUUCCUCCAGGCUACUUCAAAAUGCGUUUGACGACCAGUUCUCUCAAGUGGUCGUCGUCACGCCGGCCAUGAGCACAGACAUACGGGAAAAAACAUUCGCGGAAGAUCGAAAAAAACGGACACUUGAGGUUAACAUCCGACACAUCCAGAGCAUGCUCCGAACACGACUCGAGGAGCAACCCUCGGCAGUGAAGGAUGAAGUCUUCCAGAGUUCCUCUUGGCCAUUAGAUCCUUCUUCUAUAAAGGAUUCGGGCCUUGAUGAGCGAUACUGGUCGUAUAACCAAGUGCAUUGGGCAGCGACACUUGCUCUUGGAAGUCUCCGCGCCACUGAAGCCUUCGGUUUCGAACACAUCCAGAGCGGGCUCGAAAUGUUACGAAGGACAGAACGAGUAAGGGACGAGUGGUUGCAAGAACGAACGCCCAAAGCAAGGUCUUCCGAAACCGAAAAUAACCGUGAGCGGCUGAUCUCGUCGCUGCGUAAAACUUGCAAUUCGCAUGAGAAGAAGUUGCUAAACGGCGUGGUUGAUGCAAAAAGCAUUCGCACUACUUUUGCUGAUGUACAUGUACCGCCCGAAACGAUUGACGCACUCAAAACACUGACUUCCUUGUCCCUUAUCCGUCCUGAAGCUUUCACCUACGGUGUGCUAGCUACGGACAAGAUACCGGGUCUGCUUCUUUAUGGACCGCCGGGCACUGGUAAAACUCUACUCGCAAAGGCAGUGGCCCGCGAAAGUGGUGCCACUGUGCUCGAAGUCAGUGGAUCCGAGGUAUAUGAUAUGUAUGUGGGUGAAGGGGAGAAGAACGUCAAGGCCAUUUUCACACUAGCCAAAAAGCUCAAUCCGUGUGUCGUUUUCAUAGAUGAGGCCGACGCUAUCUUCUGUUCUCGUACUGGAGCCAGCAGCCGCACAUCCCACCGGGAACUGAUCAAUCAAUUCUUGCGAGAAUGGGAUGGAAUGAACGACCUUUCAACCUUCAUCAUGGUCGCCACAAAUAGGCCGUUCGACCUAGACGAUGCAGUUCUCCGUCGUCUUCCUAGACGGCUACUGGUGGACCUUCCUACAGAGCAAGACCGUUUGGCAAUCCUGAAAAUCCAUCUCAAAGAUGAAGCACUGGAUGCCUCAGUCGACCUUGCCGAACUGGCACGUCGCACUCCGUUAUACUCUGGUUCUGAUCUGAAGAAUCUCUGCGUGGCAGCCGCCUUGGCCUGCGUACGAGAAGAGAACGCCUUGGCACAACAGCAUACAGGCGAAAGCCCCUAUCAGUACCCUGCAAGGCGAACGCUGACAUGGGCGCAUUUCACUCGGGGCAUGGAAGAGAUCAGCGCAUCCAUCAGCGAAGACAUGUCUUCCCUUUCGGCAAUCCGGAAGUUCGAUGAGCAGUUUGGAGACCGCAAAGGUCGGCGCAAGAAGAGCCCCGGGUGGGGAUUCACAACGCAUGUCAGUGACCAGGCUAUACCAGAUGCUGCCCGCGUGCGUACCUGAAUGCAACAAUUAGAUACCCUAGAAUGAGACUUGGACGGUGUUUUGGUUCGACAGUGUGUUUUGACAGGGCUUUCGGGAAGGGAUGGUUCCGAUCAUGCGAUGCCAUUUGUACCACCACUAACUACUAUCUCUUUCUACAUGUAUUAGCGACACGGCGGCUUGUACCAACAGAAUCAAUAGUUAGACUAAAAAGAGUA